AGAAGGGGCGGAACAGGCUUGUGCAGUGUGGUUGGCAGCGUGUGUUGUGUGUGACUUGCCAACCAAGAUGGCGGUGGAAGAGCUGUCUGCGCUGGAGAAAUGUCUGGGGUUAAAGGCAGGAAAGUACAGCAGCCGAGCUCAGGGGGAGAGCCAGAUACCCGUGCUUCAAACCAAUAAAGGCCCUAGCUUGGUGGGACUUGCCACUAUCGCUUCCCAUUUAGUUGCUGAGGCCAAAAAAGAAGAACUCCUUGGUGUUUCAGCGGAAGAGAAGGCAAUUGUACAACAGUGGUUGGAAUAUAGGAUUACUCGUAUAGAUCGAUUAUCUUCCAAAGAAGAUGUUAGGAACCUUCUAAAGGACCUUAACAUGUACCUGGAAGACAAAGUAUACAUGGCGGGAAAUAAAAUCACAUUGGCAGAUAUUAUAAUUUAUUAUGGGCUUCAUCCAGUUAUAGCUGACCUUUCGGUCCAGGAAAAGGAGACUUGCAUUAACGUGUCACGUUGGUUCAGUCAUAUCCAGCACUUUCCUGGAGUUCGGCAGCAUUUCCCAAGCUUGGUCUUCAUUAAAAAUAGAAUCUAUACCAAUAUCCAUUAGCUGUGAUUCCCUCCCCAGUACAAAUUAAUACACAUGCUUCCUCUUCAGGCUUGGCCAUUUAAUUCACUUUAGGUGGCUUUAGCUAAAUGAAUUAUUCACAAA